GGGCCGGUCUAUGGGAGGGACUAGCGCAGAGGGAGAAUUGGAAGAAGGAGGGGGCGGGGAGGCGGCACGGGUGCUGUUUCUCCAGUCUCUUUCCCCUGUCUUUGUCUCACACUCUUUUGUUAGCCAUGCCUAGCCUGCUGGUUCUAGCAGGGAUCAUGGAGAAAAAUGGGGGCUACGGCGGGGAUCUAGUCGGCUCCGGGUUCGGAAGCGAAGGUCUCCUAGUGCCACCCGACGAGGAAGAAGACGACUCCCGUGCCCUGAGGGUCGCGCUGGGCCAGCUGUCUCUACUGGGGCUUGGUGAAGGCGAGGACGGUGGCGGGGCUCCUGGAACGGGAGUACAGGAUCGGAGUAACAAUAACAAUAACCAUCACAACCAUACCAAUAAUAUUGGCGGAGGUGGUGGUGACACAGGGCUUUUGCAAGGGAAGAACAAGUUAUGUGUCCUGUACGAGGGUUCUUCAAGUGAGACGAAAGGACGAGGCUGCAACAUAACAGAAUGCGUCCCCGUGCCCAGCUCAGAACAUGUGGCCGAAAUAGUGGGGAGACAAGGUUGCAAGAUCAAAGCCUUGCGAGCCAAGACCAACACCUACAUCAAGACCCCCGUGAGGGGCGAGGAGCCUGUGUUUCUCAUCACGGGCCGAAAGGAGGAUGUGGCCCUGGCCCGGCGCGAGAUCAUCUCUGCCGCCGAGCACUUCUCCAUGCUCCGAGCGUCUCGCAACAAGCUUGGCGUGUCCUUCAGCGGUUCCCCGCCUGCGCCCCUGCCGGGCCAGACCACCAUCCAGGUGAGGGUGCCCUACCGCGUGGUGGGGCUGGUGGUGGGGCCCAAGGGUUCCACCAUCAAACGCAUCCAACAGCAAACCUGCACCUACAUCGUCACCCCUAGCCGAGACCGUGACCCUGUCUUCGAGAUCACGGGAUCACCCAGCAACGCCGAGAGGGCCCGUGAGGAGAUCGAGGCGCACAUCGCAUUCCGAACGGGAGGUCUGCAUGACCACAACAAUGAGAAUGACUGCUUGGGGCCGGAUGGUGGCAGCCCAGUAGGCUCCGGGGGUCUGGAGAGCCGCCUGCAGCAGGUGUGGGGUCUGCAGGGGGACCAGCGCAAGCCAUUGACCAGUAGCUUCCGCCAGAACUUCUCAGAUGCCAUGGUUGGAGGAGGGGAAGGAGGUGGGGUAAUCUUCAGCAAGGGCAACUUCAACAGCCCUGGAGAGAAGCCCUGCUCCUACUUUGGCUCAGAGGGCACCCAGAGUUGGGGAGACCCAGACUACCCAAAACAGGUGGCCUUCUAUGCCCAGCAGCGCUCCAAGAGCUUUGGAGGCCUGCCCCUGCCCCUGACCAGACUCUCUCCAGGCCUUUCUGACCCCUGUGGAGGGAACAACGGCAACUCCUCGGGCACCAGCAUCACUAUUCUGUCUGGCUCGCCUCAUGCCCAGGCCCGCCGUGCCCACAGCGAGCCAACCUCGGGCGUGGGGUUCCCUGGACGCCUCCCUGUACCGGACUCGCCACCGACCAUCCUCCGGGACUGCAUGACCUGCUUCGAGAGCAAAGUGACGGCCGCCCUGGUGCCCUGCGGCCACAACCUCUUCUGCAUGGAGUGUGCCAUCCGCAUCUGUGAGCUCAACCAUCCAGAGUGCCCGGUGUGCCACACCCUAGUCUCUCAGGCUAUCCGAAUAUUCUCCUAAAAAACACCACGUCAGUUUUUAUCAUUCGUUUUAUCACAGUGUUUGUUUGACAAUUAUUUACUAUUAUUAUUAUUAUUAUUAUACUUUUCUCAGAAAAUUUUAAACAAACAAGCAGAUAUUUUAGAAGGCACUGCUUGCUUUACUAAAAAGUAUAAGAAAUAUUUUGACUUUUUUCUUUUAUAUAUAUAUAUAUAUACAUAUAUAUUUUAUAAAAGUUUUGUUUAUAAGAAAAGUAUAGUACCUAGCAUUUUUUUUUUUUUUUUUUUACUGCUGCUGUUUUUCAUUCACGAAUCACAGUGUGGGCGGAGUAGUAGGAACGUGAACAGUUUACGAUUCAGAUUUAUUUUACCAUGAAGUUGUUUUAUAUGGAGGAAAGGAAGGAGGUGAUCAUUGAGGUAUCUUAUCUGUACCUGAAUGAUAUAGGAAGUCAAAAUCAAACAGAAGGAAAAAGAUUGAAUCUUUCAUUGCACCUUACAAUCGUCUUAGUUUCGGAUAGUCAGAUUAAUGAUUGUCAAUCAUCCAGAAAAAUGACGUAGCUGAUGAAAAGGUAAAUCCCCCAAUGUGGCAACAAAAAAAAUGGAACAAACUGUGAUAUUGUCAUUGAAAGUCUAAAUUUGUUCCAAUCGAAGGACAGACUAUUCCAUCAUUGUCACCUUUCUGACAUUUGUAUCCCUUUACAAGCUCGUUGUUAUACCUGGUAGUCCUCCCUAAACACCUGUAAGAAUGGUAACAAUAUAGGACAGAAUAGCAGACAAACGCCUUUCUUUAUGCACAUAUGUUUUAUAGAUUUCGUUUUUUAACAAAGAGGUGAAUGAAUGCUACCCAUUGUAUUGCUGAAAUGUUCACUUCUGUUACACCUUGAAUAUCACUGCAGUUUGGUGAAAAGUUUCAGCGAUGCCUGUUCCUCGUGGCACUUGAAAAGCAUGUUUCUUUCGCCCGUGUUAAGCACUGAUUUCAUUUGUGAGGCCAAAAGCCUUGGAAUUCUUCCAGUUGGCUAAUUUGGGAGAUCCGUCUCCCCGACGGACUAGUUUCAAAGCCAACUAAUACCCACUUUAUUGUCUUAUGUGGUAAUUUAGCUGUUAUCUGAACGAUGUAGGACAAAAACGAGAGCCACUUUUGACAGGCAUCUCUCUGAGGUUUGCGCAGUUAGAGCGUCAGCCAUUAGAGUGGACAGAAGCUGAGGAAAACACUGAGCUGUUCUCUGAAUUGGUAAUAGAGUGUGCCUAAAUGGGCGAAAAGCUCCUAGAAUACAGUACCACCAUCCACAGAGCUCCCUCGCCACCCCCGUCCAGCAGCUUUGUAUUUUAGCUCAGAGGCCUAUAAUUAUCAGAGCUGUGCAGGAGCAGGUGUUUAAUAGCGCACUGUGGAUGUGACCUCAACUUGGAGGUCUUUUUUAGCCCCCUCUUUUUCUAUUUUCUUUGGGAGUACCCCCCCCCCCUGCUUACUGUUCGAUCGCUGGCUAUUGAAGGUAGUAAUGACUGCAGCCGGCCCACAAUGCAUUGCCUCACUGUGUGGGGCGUAUUGUCUAUGCCCAGUGGUGGCGUGGGCCCGGAGUGCUUGGACACGGCCCGGAGAGACUCAUUGAUAAUUAGGCAAAUUGUCCGUUCCAGGUGCGGACUGUGCGGGGGAACCUGGUGCUGACCGCCCCAUCCCUCUGUCACAGGCACAGAAGGUCCACUCUGGGUGCAGCUGGGCGAAUGGGACCCCUCCUUCCAUAUCCCCCUCCCUCUUUCCUUCUCUGCUGCUCUGAGAUAUCCCUACUGGGGAGAGGGGCCUCCUUUGUCCCAACACUCAGGAAAAAAGCAGCAUAUGAAAUAAAGAGACCAACUGAACAGGCUGCCAGCUCUGAAAUGAGAGUGAGGGGACUUUGGAGAAAGAAAGUGUCAGUAGAUACAGUAAUUACCUAGUGUAAAUUUCCCACUGAACUAGAUGUCUACAUGUGUUCUCAAUAAGAUAGGGGUAUGAAAGCAUGCAGACAUAUAUAAUUUAAGAGUACGAGGAGUCUGAUCACUUGGAGUUCAUCACCCCACCUCAAUUUGGAUGGAGGCCUUUGUGACAGAGAGCGAGUGCAGAUCGAAGUUUCCAUAGAGAGGCCCCCCCCCUUUUUAUCUCCCGUCUGUAUGGGACAUCCUGCAGCUGCCCACUCACCACAAUCACACAGGCUUAGCCAAUGGCAGGCUAGCACUGGGCCUUCAGAAUGAAAUCAGACGAUUGUAAUUGACAGGAAAGCGGAGGAAACGCCCCAUUUAGCCACCACUCAUGCUGAAUCAAAUUACACACCCUUUGCCUCUGCCUUAGCCCCAGCCUGGGGAUUUCGGAGGGAGGGAGGGGGGAUUAGAGCCGUUGGAGGAUAAGAGGGGGGCUUUUGGGGGUGGAGAGAGAGAUGGCUGCUCCCAAAGAAAAGAGAACCUGCCGAUCUAGUCUUUGUGAGAGGGGUCAUUUCUGUGUCUUCAGUGAAGGGGUAGUUAGAAGGCUGCUGCCUCAUGUUUGCUGGUGGUGGCAGGUGAACAAGGACAUGCUGGUGAUUCAGCUGGUCUCCCACUAACACUGCAUCAGAUCGCUCUAUUGCGUUUUUUCAGGAGAACACUUUUGCUCAACUUCUGUCCAUCAAAAUCUGACGAAUAGUUACAAUAGACUGUUGUCCCUAGUCUAGGCCGCAACAGAGCCCCCCUUUCCCCCAUUGUAUUGUCAGCAGACCACUCCUGUUGUCCGUGGACUGUGAAGAAAUUGUACUUUCAGAGUAUCUAAAUUCUAUGACAUAUAUAGAAAUUAAUUUAAUAUUUAUGAAUGGGGAGAACUGCACAGUGGUUUGGUCUGAACUUUCAAUGACAAUUUCAAGGCAGUAUAACGCUGUUAAAUGAAUAUAGUAUUUUCUAUUCUUUUUUAUUUUGUUUUAAGCCUUAAUAUUUUGUAUUAAAAUAUUAAUAUUUCUUUCACUUUGGCAUGAAAGUUUAGUGACAUACAGUAGGCCUUCAAUAGUAUUGCCCCUUAAAAACAACUUUAACGUAACUAUUUGUCAGAAAAGAAUGUGAAUCAACCGGGUUGGGUGGGAUUAAAUGGAAUUGGGAAAUUAGGCUCAUAAAGACUUUACAAUAAAAUAUAGAGUAAAGCACCUUAUGAGAAAACACAUAGAAUUAAUACCAAACUGACCGCUGAUGGUGAAUAUUUCUUCAUAGAUUUUGAAAGCCAUGCACAUACUGUAAGGUUUCCCUUUCAUGUUUUUCUAAUAUAAUUAUUGUUAUUCCUUGUAGUAGUGGUAUUAUGGGAGACCUCUCAUCCAUUCAGUCAGUACUGAUGACUUGGUUGAGUUUGCACUGGUUUAAUGAGGGCUUUUUAGAGAGUCUCACUGUUUUAGAGGCUGUGGGAGAAAUUUGCAUUGUGCUUUGAGAAAGGAUUCUGCACAUCUGUGUAUAUAUAUAUCAGUAAUUUACGUCCAGUCAAAUGCCUGCUAUAUAAGUGGGAUUUUGAUUAUUUUUACAAGGUGAAAAUAUCAUUUUGAAUUUGUUUGUUUAUGGACUUUGAAGAUCACUUUGAUAUAUAUAUAUAUAAUGUCCCCUCAUCCUUAAACAUAAAGACGUAUAUUGAUAGGCUACUUAUAUGUAUGGAUCUAAUACACUUAAGCAUUUCAUCAAGUCAAAUAUAUAGAUAAGAAUACCACAAUACCACAUACUGUAAUGAUGAAUACAGGGCUGUAUUGAUGUUUCCACUGACAUAUACCGAUACAUUCUCUCAAAUAUGUAAAGACAUGUGUUCUAAAAUAUUCCUAGAUCCUUUUGGAUGAAUCAGGUUUUAUGUACAUUAGGAUGAAAAGCAAUAAUGUCAAUACUGCAACAGUAAACAAAAGAGCCAGUUUAGUAAGUUCAAAGAAAAUCAGCGCCAUCCAUAACACAACCUUGAUUCAUUUGGAUAUUAUUCCAUUUUUGUCUAUCUUCUAAAAAACGCAUAUGGAUUCAUGCCAAUUUAGGAUGAGAAAUGUAAUUAAUUAGUAUCGGUUUCAGGCACAAGAGCAUGUUUUUGUUGCUUUCCUACGUCUUGUUUUUAGUAAUUUUUGACUGCUUAAUCCCGUCUUUUUCACAUUGAAUAUUAAUAAGACUGCAAGCAUACCUCAAAUACAGGGUGUGCCAACACCAGUGCAACCUCAAGAUUUCCUCUUAGUAUCUGUGGAAUUUUGAGAACACAAUACCUAUUAUUUGGAAGAGACCAAUUGCAUUGUAAAAGUAAGCUUUUCAGUGUACAUACAAUGCUUUUCAGGAACAUAACAUGAACAAUUGAGGCAUUUCCUGUCUGUCGAAAGCAGGAACUCAUAACUCCUAUGGUGAUAGAUUGGUGUUUAAGUGACAACUUAAAUCACACACUAAAGUAGACGCAAUGGUAAGACAGAAGGUUGGAUUAUUUCCAUAGGAUCUGUCCAAGACCUCUUCCAUAUGAACGUAUACUGAUGCCCAAUGCAUUGAGCCAAACAUUUUCAUCACUUGACAAAGUAGCAUUUAUUUAACAUGUAUUACUCUGUAUUUAUUCAUGUUUAGGGAGAAACAUUUAUAGUUACCAUAAGCAUAUUUUGAGAAUAUAUUUCAGUUUUUAGAUUGGUUCCAAAACAUGUUUUGUAACUGAUUUGAUGGCACAAUUUAAUUAUUUCUUUAUGCUGUCUGUUAUAAGUAGUUGUCAUUAUCCAGCUUUUAGCUGAUUUAAAAUAAAAGGUCAAAAGGUAGCCAAAGAACAAAACCUUGGGAGAGGUUCGAGGACAUCGAUAGGAAUUAUAUUGCUGAUCAUAAGCUUACAAUUCUACGAAUGUUAACACAUUUCGCCCUUACAACAGUUUGGAUUUAUUGAUGAAGGUGGCUGAGGUCAAUACAAUAAUAAUCAGCGUUUGUUUUUAAUAACCCACUAGUGAUAGUUUUGUCAAAAGUCGUACAGCAUACAAGCUUUAGUCAAUAUCUGUGAAAUGGAGCUUGUCUCAAUAAAGACAUCCUGUUUCAGUUUGGUCUUGUAUUAUGCUACAGUAGCUUCAGUGAUCAACUGCCCAAUCACUGCCCAAAGACACCAAUCCUAAUGCGUCACCCUCUUACGUUGUAUUUAUAUUGGUAUUAUUGCCAACUUAGAUUUAUAAAUAAUUAUGUCAAUAAGUUUUGUUUCAUCAUCACAGCUGUUAAUGUGAAAAGGCUAGACUUGUCUUGGAAAGUUGAUGUUUCUUCAGAAUGGGGCAGGAAAACAUACUAAAUUUGCAAAGAAACUGGGUAGAGAUUUGUAUUUGUUUACAAUUCUGUUCAAAUUCAUGUUGAAUUGCAGCUGAAGGGCUAGAUUCGUCUCAAAGACCCCAGACUGAACAAUAGUUGAAUAAUGCAUAAGAGAGUUGUUAAGAUUACACAAAUACCCUGCAGUACCUUUGUUAGAGUUUUAAAAAACAAUACUGCGGUUUUAAUUUAAUAUUGUUUCUAGUUAACUUUAUUCACCAUGUCAAAGUAUGAUAGUUGAAGUUUAGUACAGUACAUAAGAGUAACAGUAAAAUUAAGAUCCCAUGGCAUUAACAUAUUUCAUCAACAUAACCACAAGGUGUAUAAAAAGCUUUAAAGAAAUUAAGAUGGACAUAUAUUUAAUUCCAUAUAUUUACCUCGCGGUGUAAUUGGUAUAGAAAUUAAAAUAAUGACUGUCUUAUAAGAUGAGGUAUAGCUUGAUAUAUGCACCCACUCUACCAGAAUAUGAAGUACUCCACUUCCUUUAGUGGAGAAACAAAGAUGGCGGUGAGAUAACUCUUAGGGGGAUGUCUAUUUCAUUAACCAUUUUUUUCAAUUGUUAGUGUUCUUUACAAUAUAUUAAAGUAACCAUAGAAACUCUGAACAGUUUCCUUCUCUUUAACAAAUGUACAACUCUUUAUGCAUUAUGUAUAACAAUAAUAGCACCCCUUUCAAGGAGUGAUAGGAAAUCCUUUAAAUUGAUGCACUUAAGCAAUUAUUCCGACCUAUCAUAAUCACAAGAUGAGCAAGUAAUGCAUUUGAAUGUAAAAUAAAUUACCAGUGCACUCCUUUUACCUAUUGGUUUAUACAUUUUAAAGUGAGCUGAAAAUAAAUUGUGAGAAGGUUUCAUCGCAGUCUAUAUUUGAGUUCAUCCACAUACAUUUAUAGAAAGCAACUUAAAAAUAAUAAUAUUAUUACAGUUUCUUAAAUCUAUUUUGCUAACAUGGGUUAUUAUUUCAUAGAAAGACGGGGAAUAAGUCAGUUUCAGGAUGUUAUUUAUGAAAAUCUUAAAAUGAAGAAAACAUGAGUAACCUCAAGAAAUGUGUUUUUUAGUUAAAAAUUCAAAAAGUUAAUAUAUUUCUAAACACAGGAAAGUUGGUUUCUGCUAACUGCUAAAAGUUUUAUUUAUGAAAGUUAUGGACUCGCCUCCACUAUAUUUCAUUAUAAAUGAAAUAAGAGUUGAUGUGGGUUCCCCAUAGCUUAUGUUUUAACUUCCGAUAUGCACUAUUUCAAAGAACACCAGUGCAUUCACAGUGGAAUUAUGACAGAAAAUAUAAUAUUUUUAGGAUUUGGAGGUAAUUUAGUCACUGAGCAUCAAUUCCAUGCCUCAAUUACACCUUUUUUUUCUUGCAUCAGCACUCUUUCUCUAUGCUGCCUGCUUACCUUUUCCCCUUUGACUAACCCCAUACUGACUGGCCCCAUUACACAUUUCCUCUGGAGUCUUAACUUGCUUUUAUUAAUCUCUAACUUUUUAUGCUAACACAGCUUCAGUUGUGAUUGCAAUGCUGAGAACGAGUGAUUAAGGUGUCCCGCAGGGGCACAUGUAACGUAUACAGAUACACACAUUCAUAUGUCUACUACUUGGGACCCUUUGUGAUUGGUAAGGCAAGAGAGGACAUCAUCAAAGCCUUAAUGAAGGAUUACCUAAAAAUUGGGCUCAAAUUUCUUAGUGAAAACAUGACAGGGUGGGAACUGAGCUGAGUGAUCAAUAGAUUAGCACAUAGGCACACUGUGUAGUAGAUCUAUGGUAACCAGCCACACACACACCAACACAUUCAUAUCCGUACUUGUUUGCAUGUAUCUUGUAUGGUCACUUAGACUGGAUAAACACCACAGAUGCUAUGUGUUUGGUUUUAACACAAGGGGUCUGGGGCUGGUUGUUCCUUGUAGAUUUUCAUAGUUGGCGCCCCUUCAGAAACAGAAAAAAAGGACAAGUGUUUCAGGUGAAGCAAAGAGACCGUUUCAGUCCCCAUGUGACACUCAGUAUGUUGUCCUUUUCAUUUUCUCAUCAGUUUUAUAAGAGGGGAGGAAAGCUUGGUUGUCAUUCCUUCACAUAUGGAUGAACCUAAAAUGUAUUUAUUUAAAUCUCAAAACUAGGUAGUUAAAAGUGAACAUUUGUCGUACAAGUCAACAUGCCAGGACGGUAUAUUUUCCGCCACCACUGACCGAAGCAUGGGGACUGAAAUGACCUUCCGGCCUUCACGUUGUCCUCUUCUGAAGGGGCCACCGCAGUCUGACAGUUUGUCUUUGGUAGUGUUUCUUCAGAUUCUCCCGGCAACGUAGAAGUGUUUCAUACCGGUCUUAUAGUGGUCUUUGUGCAUUAGUUUUGGGUCAGCAUCUCCUGGCUUUAGUUUCUGGUAUCUCUGUGAUCAGUGAGAGAGGGUUUGCCAUGUGGCUGGCCAUCACUUUGAUAAAAUAAAGUCUUCUUUGAACUGUUACAGUGUGUCAUGCCCGCAAGAGGCAUGUGAUAUUGCAGGUUUAUUUCUUAGCACAUGUUGUGAAUCAUUUUUGACAUUUUAUUAUUGUAUCUGCGCCAUAUUAGUUUUGGUUUCUGUUAUUUUUUCAAAGAUUCAAGAUGUAUUGUAAAUGUUUCUAAUAAAACAAAAAUGAAAUUGUUUCCGAUGGAUGCUCUUUGCUUUGUCUUGAGUAUUUAAAAAAAGUUGCAGUUGUGAAAUGGCAAACAAGUACCAUGAGUGAAUUACCAUACAGUAACUCCACAGUAUGUAAUUUUUCAUUGAAAAGUAGGCACAAAUAAGAAGCAAGACUUAAGAAAUUACAUUUAUUUAUACAUGUGCAAUCUAAAAUGUACACAUGAGAAUUAACAUUUUAAAAACCUAACCUUUACAUCCCAAUUUACUAUUGGGAAUGCCACAAGGGAAAAAAGACUCAGCAGGAUAAUGACUGUUUACACUGUUGACCUUCGGCUGUGGUAAUGGCACCCUCAAACUUUCCCCACACCUCCCCUCUAGCAGAUCUAUAAGGGCUAGUAUCCUCCCUAGUGCUUACUCUUACCAACAGAACUACACACACCCAGAAAAGAGAAAAUAUAACCAUACAAAGAGACCUGGGAAACUCUUAAGGGAUAUCCCAGAAGGCAUGAUACGGUUCCAGUUACAUACAGUGGAUAAGGGGGGUGGGGGGGCAGUGGAGGAGUUCAUUUACAGUAAAACAAGCCAUCUUGUGUACAUCAGAGACGCAGCAGGGCUGAGUGCCCUUACUACCCAUCUCUUGCAACAUGAGCCGUACAUCCAUCUAGGACAGCAGGCCGCAGGGAGGGCUCCACUCAGACCAUGGUAUAUGACCACCACGCCAACCAAUAUCCCCUCAUCACCCUCACAUAUCUCCACAGUCACGGAGAAAUCGACA